AUGAGUCGCCGUGCCGGGGAUGUUUUGAGGCGUAUCAACAGAUUGGCUGAUGGACCCAUGACGAGAAAGAAGCUGGUUAUAUUAGUGCUGGUUGUUAUAUUCCUAUGUCUAUAUGCUGGACCUACACUAUUGAACUGGUUGUUUGGUCCGGAGAGUACGACAGGCCACCAGAAUGUAUGUGUUAAAAAUUUCAUGAACCCUUUCGAGACUGGUCUGAACGAAUACGACGUGUACGUGAGACAAGAAUCACUAGCGGCAAUGAACUCGCUCAGUCAUAACUAUGUGCCUUAUGUUGGGAAUGGCUUAAUGGGUCUAGCACUGGAACAUGUGCCUCAUCUGAACAUAAAACAUGGGAGAACACUCUCGCUGCCUCUCUACUACCAUCCCCUAUACGUUAUAGACGACUACGAAAUUAAAGAAUUUACUGUAGCUGAGUAUAAAAAGGGCAUUGUACACAGAUUUCAGUGUUCUAAUUCAGGCUUACAAGCAUCUUAUCAGUAUUAUGCACAUAGAACAAUACCUUCAUUGUUUGUACAGGAGAUUUGGAUUAACAAUCCAACUAGCACAGAUAAGAAUUUACGAUUGACAACUCCUAGAGUGUCUGACUGGCCUACAUCUGUUAUGCAGACCAUAAAGUUACACCAAGGAGUUGAUACAAAUGAGUAUGAGGUAGUGACUGGUAUGAUACCAAUACCGGACAGCGAGAACGUAAUUGCUGCUGCGGUUGUAUGUAGGAAAAUGGGCAAUACACUGAGAGUAGAGGCUAGAGAUGGGCUAGACAUCCUUAUAUUAACUACAGUGCAGUACAGCAAACCAAUACAGAAGUCCGAGUAUGCUUCACAUAAAGACAUUGUUGAGAAGAAGGCUAUUGAGGAAAUGGAAAAGGCUAUAGCUCUCACUGGAGAUAGGACAGCUGUGAAAAAGCUCAGAGAGAAUCAUGCUAGAGUGUGGCAAGGACUCUGGUACACGGGAUUCUACAUCUCUGACUCUAAAGCUGAAGGAAUUAUCAACGGAGAUAGAAUUAAUGCCACUAUCUAUGCUAUACUAUCUCAAGUACGGAGCUAUGAACAUGAAGACGAUAUUAAAGCUAGUAGAAAAUCAGACAUCAUGAGGAGUUUGACAUAUUCUGAAGGCUGCUAUGAAGGACAUUCAACACUUGAUGCAUUCAAUUUGUGGAAACCAUUGAAUUCCUUGUCAAAUCUAAACACAGUGGCCAGUAUCUGGUUACUAACACUUGAAAAACAAGGAUGCCAUAAUCUUUUGAAAGCUGGUGCAAGUGGUGUCAACCAGGCAAUGAUUCUAAGCUUUGGAAGUUUGCGCUUCAGUAAUCAGCAUCUUGAAUAUAACAUUCACCCUUCAAAGUUACAUAGAGAUUUCUUAUUCCGUCGACUCAAUUAUGGUAAUAUGACGCAUGUGAAUAUCAGUGUUAUUGUACAGGAAGACAAUAAAGCAGCUAUCUUUGUGGCGUUGGACCGCUCAGAUAAGACUUACUAUGCAUGCGAUGCAGGAUGCUUAGACUCCCCUGUGCAAUUAGGACCUUACAGAAAGUACUUCCCUGUCAAAUUAACCGAGCCCUUAACUGCUAUACUUUAUAUAACAGCAGACAAGCAGCAUAUGGAGGACCUGAGACAUGCUAUUCAUGUGAGAGAAGUUGUGGAAGCCCCCGCGCAUGACAACCAUGUCAUAGCCCUACAUAAACAUGGGCACAGUUUAGGAGGUCUCAAUCCCUUAUUCUGGAUAUCAAUUAUAGUUCUUAUUGUGGUCUUCCAUUUAUUCUUGUGCAGAAUAAUCAUGAACGAAUUUUGUGAUAACGGAGUCAGUUAUAGGAGGCUCUAUAACAAACCUUGA